AUUGAAAAAAUCAACAAACACUUCGCCGUGUUAUGUUUCGCUUCCCAGUGGUGUAACAAUUCGAUGCAAAUCUUUACUAAUGCAUCCAAUUCGCCCAAUAACUUAAGAACUAAUUACGUGAAAACAAAAGUUGUAAAUAAUAGUUGUUACAGUUCAGUGUGAUAUGCUCAUGCUAAGCUUAGGCCGGCUUACGCCUCGUUAUGGUGUUCAAAAUUUACUCAAGUUUCAGAGAACCCCACCGGCAUCGGUUCGGCUGUUGGGUAAUCAAAGCUCGGAAGCGGCUAGACGGCAUAAAAUCAGAACCACCAUCUAUUACGCGGCAGCGGUCGGUGUUAUGACCGUUGGACUGAGCUACGCCGCUGUACCGCUCUACCGGAUGUUUUGCCAAGCAUACAGUUACGGUGGCACAACCGCACAGGGACACGAUUCCGAAAAAGUAGAGAAAAUGAAACGCGUACAGGAUCGGGUGAUAAAGAUAAGGUUCAAUGCAGACAUCGGUGCAUCGAUGCGGUGGAACUUCAAACCCCAGCAGCCGGAAAUUAAGGUUGUUCCAGGCGAGACAGCAUUAGCAUUCUACACAGCACGAAAUCCCACGGAUCAUCCUGUAAUUGGAAUAAGCACGUACAACGUGAUUCCUUUCGAAGCCGGUGCGUAUUUCAACAAAAUCCAGUGUUUUUGCUUCGAGGAACAACAGCUCAAUCCACAUGAAGAGGUUGACAUGCCGGUCUUUUUCUAUAUUGACCCCGAAAUUAUGGACGAUCCUAAGCUGGAACUAGUCGAUUCGAUAACGUUAUCGUACACAUUUUUCGAAGCAAGAGAUGGGCUAAAUUUGCAAAUGCCCGUCUAUGCGACGAAACAUGCCGGUACAUAAAGCAAUAUUGUUUUAGCAAAGUGAAA